AGUCUGACUCUCGCUCUCUCUGUGUCCGACAGCAGCAAAAGCAUGGCGGCGGUGGAGACACGGGAGUGCGAGACGGAGGGCUGCUGCAAAGAAGCUAAACUCCAGUGUCCCACUUGCAUCAAACUCGGGAUUUUAGGCUCAUACUUCUGCUCUCAGGAAUGUUUUAAAGGCAGCUGGGCCACCCAUAAACUGCUCCACAAAAAAGCAAAAGAUGAUCAAAUAAAAGAUGAAGGCAAGAACUGUGUGGAGAAGGAAAUCAACACAGACCCAUGGCCUGGCUACAGAUACACUGGCAAACUACGACCCCACUAUCCACUGACACCCAUGAGGCUUGUUCCUAGCAACAUCCAGAGACCAGACUAUGCAGAUCAUCCUUUGGCUACAGAGGUUGGGUUGUUGGCAGGGAUGUCUGAGUCAGAACAGACCAUGAAGGGGACAUCUCAGAUUAAGAUCCUCAACGCCGAAGAGAUUGAAGGCAUGAGAGUCGUCUGCAAGUUGGCUCGAGAAGUGCUGGAUAUUGCUGCCAUGAUGGUGAAAUCUGGAAUGACAACCGAGGAGAUCGACCAUGCUGUGCAUUUGGCCUGUACAGCUAGGAAUUGUUACCCAUCACCUCUGAACUACUACAACUUUCCAAAGUCUUGCUGCACCUCCGUCAAUGAAGUCAUCUGUCAUGGAAUACCUGACCGCCGCCCCCUACAGGAUGGGGACAUACUUAACAUUGAUAUAACAGUUUACCACAAUGGUUACCAUGGAGAUCUGAACGAAACCUUUUUUGUCGGUGAUGUGGAUGAGGGAGCCAAGAGAUUGGUGCAGACCACAUAUGAAUGUCUUAUGCAAGCCAUCGACUCUGUGAAGCCUGGUAUCCGCUAUCGUGAAUUGGGGAACAUCAUUCAAAAACAUGCCCAGGCUAAUGGUUUCUCAGUGGUACGAAGUUACUGCGGACAUGGCAUCCACAAACUGUUUCACACUGCACCCAACGUACCGCACUAUGCCAAGAAUAAAGCAGUAGGAGUGAUGAAGCCUGGCCAUGUGUUUACUAUUGAACCCAUGAUUUGCGAAGGUGGCUGGCAGGAUGAGACAUGGCCGGAUGGUUGGACAGCAGUUACUCGUGACGGAAAACGCUCGGCACAGUUCGAACACACACUCCUUGUGACAGAAACCGGCUGUGAAAUUCUCACGCGUCGCCUCGAGGAAAACGGCCGUGCUCACUUCCUGUCCCAAAUGUAGGGGUUGAAUCAGCCCUAUUCUGCAAUGGAGGAUACAACGGCUCCGCCCCAUAUCACCGAUCAGCCAAUCACACAGUGUGUCUUUGUAGGGCAGGAGAUGAUUGGCCAUGUGGCAGUGUCAGCGGAUUUGGGCAGGAGGUGGAGAUUUGUUAACUUCUGAAUGUCACCUGACAGUCACAUUAAUCAGCUUGGAUCUGAGAAAAUUAUCAGGCACUGGGCUUUAAUCUGGUUACAGUGCCAUCACACACUGUCUACUUGGGCAGAGUUAUUUGUAUGGAUGGUUUUGUGUGCGCACGUGUGUGUGUUUGAGUGAGAGCGUCAGCUCUGUGGACUCUGCUGUCUCAGUCUGCUUCAGUGCAUUUGUAUGCCUGGCUCGUUGCUGUGUACUGUACUUUUUCUUUAUUGAUAAGCCAUUGUUGAGUUUAAGGUGCAGCGGGUAUUGAGUAUAAAGUGGUAAAAUACUGUCUCUCCGGAAGAUAUCAAAACUGAUGACUGAUUUGUGGAAUCUCUGUUACGGACUCACACUGAACAUUGUAGAAAUGUUAUUCGUGAAGUUCUACCAGCAUUCGUAAGUUCAACUUAAAUCAGUUGUGACUUGUCAGUGAGAACACCUAGUGGUGAAUAUUAGCUUUUAUUCAAUAGUUUGCUCUGUAAAGGGGAUGAGCCCACUGCAGUUGUCCUUGGUCACUGAAAAGAUGAUUUUUUUUGUUUGUCUUUGGCGAUUAAAUCCAACAUAAAGAGAAGUGCAGAAGACUGAAAAGCAGUUGUAAGCCUUGUGUCUUGAUGCUCUGUCUGUUUGAUGCAUCUCAUGAAAUCAGAUUCAGUGUUUCAGUAUUCAAGCUGAAUAAAAGUAUAUUUUCUCCUUUA